UCUUCCUGGGGCAAGAGGGCAAUGAAAGAUAAACCUGGACUCUGUAGUGUGUCCUGCUAUCUGAUCAACAUAGAACAUUGGUUCUCCGAGGAGAGCCCCUCACUUCUCAAGCCUGGAGGAUACAGUUGUAUUUUAGACCCUGAGGAGGGAGGAGACCUAAAAGGAUGAAUGCAGUGAUGACUUUUCAGGAUCCCAUGUAGUUAGCCUUCCCUGGCCUGGGUAUGCAAAGAGACUUCUAUCUGUUCUCCUUCCCUACACAAGCUCUGUGCUGCCUUUCCUUUUCAUCACCACCUUGUUGAUUUCGCAGGGCUUUCACUGUGAGCUCCCUGCUCCUAACUACCUAAGAACCAUUAAGGCGCUGUACAAUAACCAAUCCCAAACACUGAAAUAGAGAGAAGCUGCCCAAAUAUUCUGCCCACCUGAAGCAAAGAUGACAUAAGUGCUGCUUUCUGCUCCAGUUAGCAGAUCUAUGCAGUGAGUGACCUGCUGGGCCAGAACAAACCAGUCAAAGGCUCAUAACACAGCCUCACAAAUAAUAAACCUGGGGCAGGAGCUGGGCUUUACCAGAUUUGCUGCCAUGGUGUGAGUUGCUGGACCCACUUGCUAGAUCCAGUUGUAAAACAAACCAGCAGUGUAACUUUGGAGACAAGUUCUGAACAAACCCCAGGCUGCAGGUUGUUGGUGCUCUAAUUGCAGCAAGUGCUGAUGGUUAAAGCAGAAGGAGGGGAGAGGAUAUGAGAGUCACAUGGGGUCUGUGGUUGUCUCCCUUCUGAUUAAGGGUGAAGGCACAAGGUCAGGCAGGCUGCUGGGGAUAGCAGAGAGCAGCAUACAUUAACACUGGCCGCAGCUGAUACUGUAGGUAGGAGAAUCUCACUGUCGGCCCCUUAAUGGCUUUGCAUAGCUGCACAUGUGGAUUUUCCCGAAGACUCCCUUGACCCUGCUGACUGGGGGCCUGUCAGGCUGUGCCACGUUGGCUUAAAAGUACCUUUAUAAAGAGGAGGAAGAAAAGGUCGAUCUGUUCUUCAGAUGGUGACACUCAUGCUUUGCUGUCUCUGUUGGGCUUGUUAUGGCAGGCUUGAAUGUUUCCAUUGCCUUCUUUCUCUCAGUUGUGGCUAUUUGUGAGGUGAUCAGGCAGGUUUCCAAGAGACUUCUGCCUCUUGGAGUGUACCGUGGUCUUGUCAGAGAACUGGUCAGCUCGUUACAGUUGUGUGCUUGCUGCCUUGAGCUGAGGAUGCUGAUGGAGAUUGGUCCCUGGGGUGGUGGCUUUGGCCCAGAUGUGAUUCUGACCCUCCUCUUCAUUAUCUACUUGAUUCAUGGUGUGUCUUUUGAUGGAGCUUCUGCUAACCCCACAAUCUCUCUCCAAGAAUUCCUGGUCAUGGAUUCCUCCUUUGUGGCUACUGCUGUCAAACUUCUGGUCCAGUUUGUGGGAAUGGAGGCAGCUGGGAUUCUCACCACACACUACUGGUCCUGGGAGCUGACUGACUUCCACCUCAUCCAGAAUCUAAUGGCCCUGGAUUGCAGUUCCUCUAUCCAUACCUCUUUGUACCAUGGCAUCUUUGUGGAAGGCAUCUGUUCUUUCUUUUUCCAUUUGGUGGCUCUCAAGUUUCAGCACAGCCACCCUCUGUACAGAGCGCCUGUCCUGGCAGUGACUGUGACCACCCUGGCUUACACAGCUGGGCCUUUCACGGGGGCCUUUUUCAACCCCACCCUGGCCGCCACGGUUACUUUUCACUGCUCUGGGAACAUCCUGCAAGAGUAUGUCCAGGUUUACUGGCUGGGACCCCUCACAGGGAUGCUUGCAGCCCUGCUCUUGUACCAGGGAAACAUCCCAAGGCUCUUCCAGAAAAACCUGCUUUACAGCCCAAAGAGCAAAUACCGGACCCCUAAGGGGAAGGCUGUGCCUGGGAUCAAACAGACAGGAGACAAUGGGGAAGGGCAGCUGCAGCUGCGAACUAAGCCCCGGAGCUGAGUGACGGGUGUGAGAGGGUCCCCCAGCCAGUGCCCAUCUCUCCUUCCCAUCGGGCCCCUCCCAUGGCCAGACUGACAGGACCUGGGCCUGAAGACGCCUGGCCAGCUCUGUGAUGUGUGAGCAAGCAUUCACUGGGGGCACCAUGGGCUUUUCAUGUCACUGUGUAAGUGUACCAGCUGCUUUGGCCACGUGUGAACAAUCCCUCCGCGCUGGCCCAUGAAGACCUGGCUGUGAAAGCCCCCGGAAAACAUUGCCAGCUAGCGCACACCUGACCAGCAGCAGAGUGGUGUGAUCACAGGCUCCAAUACUGCGCCAAAGCACGACCUAAAGGGCACAUGCCUUCCACCCAGCGCACAUCCCUCCUUCCUGAUCUUCCCCAGCCCUGAGGGCAGGGCAGGAAAUCAUCACCACCAUUCUGCUCCCUCAGUACAACCAGGCAUCCACCCACCUCGCUCCCCAAGGAAAGGGCUGGCGCUGUUGCAGGGUCUCAGGGCUGUGCUCACAUGUGACUGUCCACUCUCUGGCUUGGCUCAAACUCUGUAAUGUCACUGCCAUUGAAUAUAAAUGUUACCUCCAGAUAGUGGAGCAAGUCCCCACUUAGGCAUCUGUCUCUAGUGGUACAUUGGAUGUUCCAGGGGAAGAAAUUAUACACUGUCCUUUUAAAAAUAGAAAGGCCAAGCAGUGACUGCUCAGUGAAACAGCCCUUCCAAAGUGUCCUGCAGCUCUUCACUGCUGGCCCCUCUGGCCAAGAGGGGCUUGAGUGUCGGAAAGUUUGAGACCCUAAGUUUUUCCUGCUUCGCUCCAGCCUUGACGGUGAAUCCAGUCCCCAGGCUCAGCCCAGCCAUGCAGGGGCUGUCCGUUUCUUCUUUGCCGACAGCAAUACAAGCUGAGUUGGGAAAGCCAGCUGUAAUUGCUGCCCCUAGCUAACGGGUUGUACUCUAGGGGGGAAAUUCGCCCCAGAAGAGACUAUUCUGGCACGAUCUGAGCAGUGCUCAAAAGGUUCGGUCCUGCCAGAUGCUGAGCACUCUGGCUUUGAUACAGCCAAGCACUUAAGUAGAGCGAAGUGAAAAUCAGAAUUUGUUGUAUGAGAAAUUCUGAUGUUUUCAUUCCCAAUUGGGACAAAAAGUCAAUAUCAAAAUUGGUCAUGGAAUGAAAAGUUCCCCAAAAUUUCAAUCUGAAAAUGUUGAAACAUUUUUAUUUUGACAUUGAUUGAAACAAAAUGUUUGUGACUGUCUUGAGUCAAAAUGCUUCAUUUGCAUUAGUUCAAUAUUAAACUACAUUUGCCAGUGGUACUGUGGUGCCUCGUGGGAGUUGUAGUUCAGGUGCCUCUUGCUGCCAUUCACCAAGGCCAGGCUCCUGGGCCAGACUAUAUUUCCCAUGAUGCUCUACAGUCAUGUAAUGUCCAUGUAGCCCAGUGUGUGAUGUUUCACUCCAUAUUCUUUAUGAAAAUAUGCUGAUAUGAAUGACAUAA